UUUAACUAUUCUGAUAAAAUUAGCAGUAUAAGAAGGGAGGAUUGAACCGUCACCCUCAUGACUUCACCAUCGGCAGCGACGAGGAGUCGAGAGAACCAGUAGCGACGAGCAGGGUAAAUCAACCGUUCUGAAUACAGGAGAGAUGAUUUAUCCAUUUAACUUAUUAAAUUCUUCCAUCCCAGAUUUGACUAUUUUCUCGGUAUAAUAGAUUCAUCUGGAAAUGGAAGAACAAUUCAUACUCCGAGUUCCACCUUCUGUUGCUGAGCGAAUAGACCGCCUUUUGAAUGAAAAUGCAUUAUCAUCCGAGGAUAAUUCAUUGGAUUUGUCCUUUUCUGAGGAUGGAAGGAAUGGAACAUUUGUCAUAGGCAGUGAUCGUUUCCCUACGUCUCUCUUGGAUCUUCCUACCGGUGUGGAAUCAUAUAAAACCUAUGAUGAUAAUGUGCUAAUCAAAACAGCAGACAUUGGUCAGAUAAUUAUGGUACGAGAAGAGGGUGAUACUGCCCCAGAUGAUGUAGAAUACAGGCAUGGCCUCACUCCUCCAAUGAGAGAUGCUCGACGGCGGCGCUUUCGUAGGGAACCAGAUCUAAAUCCAGAGCUGGUUCAACGGGUUGAGAAGGAUCUGGUGAACAUUAUGGCUGGUGGAACUGCAGAGAAUGUUGUUAGUUCACAUGCUGGAGCAGUAGAGCAUGAAGAUGCUGUCAACAAUGUGCGAAAUGCAACCAAAAAAGUCGCACCUGCACCUGCCCCAAAGCCAGAUGCCCCAGGGGCUGAAAUCAAUGCUGCUGGGGAGCCUGAAAGAAGUGAAUCUGAUGAUUCUGAUGAUUCCGAGUAAAUCUGAGCAAGAUUUAAAUUUAUAUUAUAUUCACAAAUAUUGGUCAGCCUAUUUAUACACUACUUGUAUGAAGUACAAUAUGUCUGCAAAUUCCAUGAAACUGUGUUGGAUCUCAAAAUAUCCUAAUGAUAAAAAUCCAAAGAUUCUACUUAAGGUACAA